GGAAACUUUGGAGAAAACAUUAAACAUAAACCUAACACCUACGGCCAAGAGUAAAGUAAAAAGAUUUAUAUGUGUUGAUUGCAACUCUAUCGCUGGGCAUAUUGCCCGAUAUUCAAAUCAUUUAAAGAUUCAUAUCAAAAGCUUUAAGGAAAGGGCAAAAAGACUAAACGUGCAAGGUUCACAAAGCACACCUUAUCUGGAAAGGAAACGUAAGGCCCUUACAACCCCAUCAUCAGCAAGCAGGAAACGUAUGAAGGUGGAUGCAUCAACUUCACCUCUUCAAAAUCAACAAAGAAGAUAUUCAGUAUGAUAACUACAUAACAAUGAAAUGAAUGUAAAUGAUACAUAGUACUUGUAAAUGAUUCAAUAUAUACAUGUACUUACAUGUUA